GAUUUUGUUAGAAGGAUUGUAAGAAAUUAGAUUGAUUACAUGCUCAUAAAUAAAAGGUAUAAGAACAGCUGUACAUAUGUCAAAACAUACUCGGGGGCAGACAUAAAUUCUGAUCAUAUACCAGUUGUAGGUAAUUUCAAAGUCAGAGUGAAGAAGGUUACAAGUAAGUCAAUGAAGAAGUAUGAUGUUAGAAAACUGAAAGCUCCCAAUGUUAGACUGAAGGUGAGUGAAAACCACAAUUUAAAGUUGCUAAAAUGCAGAAAUGCAGGAACUAUAGAGAAAAGUCUAACCAUCGUACAAGGAACAGUGACAAAAAUAAAAGAACAACACCUGAAGAAAGAUACAGAGAAACUGAAAUCGUGGAUGACCAAUGAAAUACUUGAACUUAUGGAUCAGAGAAACAAACAAAGAAAAUCUCCAAGAAUAUAAUAAUAUAAUAUAAGAUUAAACAACAGAACAAUGUCAAGAAAUAGAGGAAUUAAACAACAGAACAAUGUCAAGAAAUAGAGGAGUAUCAGAGUCGAUAUGAUAACUUCAAUGUCCAUCGAAAGAUGAAGGAAAUAGCUGGGAAGUUCCGCAAACGCAACAGAGGAAAAAUAAUAGAUGAUGAAGGCAAUUUUGCCAUAAACAAAGAAGAUAAAGUGUGUGAAGAAUUCUUGGAGAAACUUUUUCACGAACUU